AUGUUGAUUGUUGGUUACGAUGUUAGCAAUGUUGCCAAUGUUCAAACUUCUGUCUAUGAAGCGUUUGGUCAUGUUGAGCUCCUUCCAUGGAUCACCGCCAUCUAUCCGCUCAAAAUCGUAUUCUUUAUCUCAGAGUUCCUGAUGCUCAUUGGAUCAAUCUUGGCUGGUGCUGCCACCAACAUCAAUAUGGUGAUUAUCGGCCGCGUGAUUACUGGAUUUGGAUCAGCAGGAGCUAUCAUGGCAGGCAGCAUAUUUGUUUUACUUCUCACAACACCGACAGAAUACGCUCGAUAUAUGGGGCUCUUGGGAGUGUGCUGGGCAGUAGGGCUUGUGCUGGGACCAAUUGUUGGAGGUGCUUUUGCCCAAAAUAGCCACGCCACUUGGCGUUGGGCCAUGUAUAUCAAUAUUCCCUUCAUAGGCUUUAUUCUUACGAUCGCCGUUAUUAGCCUUCCCAGUUUAUCCGCAGACCACAGCUCAGCGCCAUCAUCAAAAUUAACCAAGAUUGACUGGAUAGGGGCCAUUUCACACUUUGCCUUUGUUAUCCUCUCCAGUAUGGUCCUCAUAUUUAGUGGCUCAACGUGGGACUGGGGAUUCGGAGGGACGAUUGCAGUCUGGGUUAUUACAGGCGUUCUUUUCAUCUUUUACACAGUGCAGCAACUUAAGCCCCUCUUCACCACCCGCGAACAUCAGAUUUUCCCCGUCGCCUUAUUUUUCGAGAACAGAAAUUUCCUUCUCAUAUUUAUAUCGACCUUUGCUGCAGGCGGCUCCUACGGCUUAAGCCCAAUUUCAGCGGCGGUACGAUUGUUGCCAUACAUUGGCAGUUUUAUCUUAUCAACAGUCGCUGCUGCUAUUCUUGGCGCCAUGAUGCUGGCGGGUGCGGGUGGAUUAUCAACUCUUAAGCCGAAUACUCCUGAUGGCAGAAUAUUAGGCCUUGAUACGCUUGUCGGAGUAAGCGUUGGCCUCAUCUGGCAAACAGGGAAUGCGGUAAUGUCACGUCUGGUCUCCGACGCUCCCGGGCUUGACAAAAGUAACCCAGUCGAGGUGGAAAGGAAUGAGGCGCGCAAAGCAUCACUACGCCAAGAUACUGCCAUGAUACAUCUUGUUUCACAGCUCUUUGGAGUCUCAGUUGCUCUUUCGUGCGCCGGCUGUGUUUUUCAGAAUCUUGGAUACAACAAGUUGCACAACUCUAUCAGCAGCCUUGGUAAUUUCUCCGACAAAGACAUCCGCGACGCGCUUGCCGGCGUCGAUUCUAGCAUCUUCCGCGCUGGACAAGAUCCUCGUGUUAUCGGCCUUGCCAUUGAAGGUAUAACGACGACCAUUGGGAAGAUCGAAUGGAUUGCAUUUGCAGGGGGCGCUAUCACUUUAAUCGCAGGCCUUUGUAUGAAAUGGGAAAAACUUGACUUUGAAGUUCAGUCCUCGGAUAGCAUCGAGGAGAUGAAGGUCAAUAAUGUUGUAUGA